CACCAGCUGAUCAACACCACCUGGCUAGCAGACCUGCACUACCACCACAACCACCACCUGGCUAGCAGACCUGUACUACCACCACAACUACCACCUGGCUAGCAGACCUGCACCACCUGGCUAGGAGACCUGCGCCACCUGGCUAGGAGACCUGCACCACCUGGCUAGCAGACCUGCACCACCUGGCUAGCAGACCUGCACCACCUGGCUAGCAGACCUGCACCACCUGUCCCUCCUAUACCCAGCGGACAUAUCCACUUGGCUAGUACUUUUGUGAUACUGACGGCCGUGAUUAUUAUUCUUCGUGAAGCUGUCCCACAGUCUAUAGUUGAACGCUGCUCCGAGUUUCAAGUUAAUUGGGGGAUGGGGUGUCUGGGAGUGGACUACAGCGCCACCGACUUCGGCAUCUGCUGCCGGGGAGGCAGAAGCCCUGCAGAGAAGUUUGUGUAGGUAAAGGUAGCGGUGAGGGCCUGGGAUCUCGCGCGCACACCCCCGUCUCCAACUUGGAGAUAAUUUAGCCAAUUAUGCGAGUGCAAGGAUUCGGACGGGUGUCUUACUACGCGCGUUGGCUCCCCCCGCCGCCCCUCCCCCGCGCGUACUCUACACACAGCCGCUACUCCUCGCCCCCACACAGCUGGCCUUGUUGCCUCCACUGUUACUCUCCACCUCUUGCCUACCCACACGCCCAUACGCCCACGCCCCGCCACACAGGAGCCCACCACGCACUAGAUGCUCCAUGUGACGCCCGCUCCACUACUCACCUUUAAGCUCCGUGAAUGUAAAGUGGCAGUGUUGUGUCAACUGGUGUGGCCACUGAUACGCGGCAACGCACCGCCGCCCGGGGAUGGCACGGGACGUGAAACACACCAUAAUAUUGACACAGUGUCAUAAAGUGUGGCAGCCAGUGUUGGAUUCAACUGGACACCGUUGUGCACGUGUGUAUAGUGCGGGUGGACCGUGGUGGAAGCCAAGGAGAGCCGGCGCCACCGAGAUCGUGGCUGCCUUAGGGGUGGCGAGAGCGCCCCGGGAGCGGCGCCGUGCACCAGGCCAGGCCUACACACUCCCCCCACACUGACGUCUGCACCACGCCCACGCCACCAUGAACUAUACGGGUCAUACGUGCAUCCACUGGACCACAAACCUAGGACGGCUCUGUCCAAGACUUGAUGAGAAUGUAACAUGUAGCAGACUGCACCAACUUCCAAACUUGUGGGUGAGGUGCCGAGCAGCGGAGGUCAAGAUGGAGGGUCCAGACAGCCGGCCCCCCCAAAUAUUCCCUUCCCUUCCCCCACCAUCUAUAGCAGCAGACUCCCACCAGCCUCCACUCUCACCCCCACUAGAGCCAUCACCCACUUCCCCUGUGCAGUCCCUCCCCCGCACCCCACCUCGCCACUCACCGCUGCCUCACACACCCAUCAUGCCACACACGCCUCUGCCCCACACACCUAUCACAUCACAAACGCCUCUGCCUCACACACCCAUCACGCCACACACGCCUCUGCCUCACACACCCAUCACGCCACACACGCCUCUGCCCCACACACCGCUCACGCCACACACGCCUCUGCCUCACACACCCCUCACCCCACACAGCCCCCUCACUCCCCUCACAUCCCAAAGCACCUUAGCUUCAGAGGCUUCUGUGGACUCUGGUGUGGCAUCUGCACAUUCACUGGAUCUUUUACACAACAGUAGCAACAGCUUGGAGACGCAUGCACUCCGCAGAAGGGCUGGGAGCAGCGUAAGUAGUGGGACAAGUGAGGUGUGGCUGGGCUCCCUGGAUGGUGAUCCAGCUGGCCUGGAAGUUCUACCAGAGCUGUGGCCUCAUUCUGAGAGCCCCACAACUCUCAAUCACAGUCCAUCACCCUCACACCACAGCCCCUCCUCCCCUCGUCAUAGCCCAACGCCGAGUCACCAUAGCCCUACAGUCUCUUGUCACAGUCCAGUACCUACCCAUCAGAGUCCCACUCCGCAGCAUCAUCUCCCACCCCAAGAUAUAGACAUCACUGGGCCUACUGUGCUCAUUGUAGGUCAGGACUCCGAGAGGCAUUCCUCAUCCCCAAGAGACAACCCCAAGGAAGCUUUUUCAUCUGUGAUACCACUUCACCCUAGUGCCCUAAGUCCUCACACCGGCCCUCUGCAGCCAGGAGUUGAGCAAGCUGGAAAGAACAGGCAAAACUGUGUAAUAACUGUGAACUCGGUUCCAAGUAAUGAUAAAUUGCAUAGUGGGCGAGUUUUUACAGAAUUUUGUGCUCGUGAUGAGGCAUUUUAUGAUAAAAGGUUUUAUAUAAAAGACACUCAAGCAUUGUUACAGGAGAAUUAUAGUUUAAAUCGUAUAUUAAGAAAAACUAAAGAAACAGACAAUCUAACAACUAUUGGUGACAGUGAUUUAGAAUGCAUGGCAAGAGAAGGCUGUGUUUGGAUCGACAAAUUUGCAACAUUAUUUGUAAAACAGGUUAUAGAAGAGGCUCUUUCAGUGAGUUCUUCUAUAGGUUGGUCAAUCAAGUGCUCAGGCCAGUGUCAGCGUGAACAGUGUCGGGAAGAGUAUCAGAGAAAAGAGAGUAGUUGGUGGACUGUGGGGGGAGGCAGAGGUAAUCGUAAGUCCAGCAUCCCACUUUUGGGGUUGUCUUGUGGGAGUCCUGGUUUGUGCUGGACUCCAGAGCUACCUUACAGUCCUUCACACCGACCACACUCCAGAUCAUCUUUGGGCUCCAGCCUUUCCUUCUCCCAUGACUCGCUGGUAAGUUCUGGCCCUCGCAUGGACGACUCUCACCUCAUCACCGGCGCUGUGUCACACGAUGCCUUGCUCUUUCCUACUUCCAAAACCUCCCACAGUGAUGUAAGUGACAUUUACAAUGUGCCACUGGAUGGAGAUAUCUAUGCAGUGCCAGUAGAUGUAGUAAAGCCUAAUAAAGAGGGGCAAAUAUUACACCCAAAGGCCAUUAUGCAUCAGCCCAAAAAGAGACAUCAUAGGAGACAUGCUAAGAACAGUACUAGUGCUAGUGUGUUAAAUGAUAAUAGUUCAAAAAAAGUUAGUAGUUCUGAUCAUAUUAGUGGUAGCAGACAAUUCAAGGAUAGUAGUAUAACUAGAAGCAGACAGCACUCGGGUCAGUCAGUUGCAUCUGCCAGCGGUGACUUGUUGAAGGUCAGUAAGCGUCACAGUGUACCCAGUAACAUUGGUUGUGCUCUUAGUAUGACUCCUAAACAUGGUGCAAGUAAAGAAAAUCAUGAGCCCAUUCAUAUGACUCUGGAGGAGGUUAGGAAAUCUUUCCACGAGUCAGAUGAUACAAUAAACUGUAGUAAGACUAGUAGGGUUCAGCAGAGUCAUAAAGGUGUUCAUGAACAGUCUAAAAUAUGCAGAAUAAUUCCUUUCACAUCAAUGAAGUCAUGUAAGAGAAAAGAUGGUUCUGAGAACCGUCUUGACGAUAACCGAAAGAAAGGCAAAAGUAUAUCUAGUAAUAUUCGUAAUACUCUAAUUACCAUAUUUGGCCUCAAAAGAGGGGCUAAAUCCAGUGGCACAAGAUUGAAAAGUGGGAACUGUGUGGAUGCUGCAACUCAGGGAUUUUCAGAAAUUGCAGGCAACGGGACUACAACCCUUGUCUGCUCCCCCGCCUCAGGUCCGCAACCCAACCAUACAACCAACCAUACAACAACCACCAUCACCAGAAACAAUCACAAUCAGCAGAACCACCACAGUAACCACCGCCACUCUAAUGGCAUUAACACCGGUUUGCUGUCAUGCCUGGGUAAUCUUCGGACAGAAACUGAUGAUCAGCCCAUCGUAACAGCCAAUGCACCACAGCAAAAUUUAGCUCCGUCUCGGUCUCCAGCCAUUGUGACGAACCGAGCAUUGCCUCCCCUUCCUCUGCCCACUGCUGAGGAAGAGGAUACCACUGCUAAAACCACAGAAACUGAAGCUGGUGGAGAGCGCAGAGAAGAGGAGGGCUGCGAUUUUGCUUCAAUAAUUGAAAAAGUAAAGGAUUGUGGGUGGUACUGGGGUCCAAUCAGUGGGGAAGCAGCAGAGAAAGUGUUGGCAAAUGAACCCGAUGGAUCCUUCAUAGUGAGAGACUCGUCUGAUCACCAUUAUAUCUUCUCUCUCACCUUUAAGCUUAAUGGCUUCAUACGACAUGUGAGGAUUGAGCAUGAUCAAGGUAACUUCAGUUUUGGUGGGUUUACAAAGUUCAAAAGCCAGACCAUUGUGGAAUUUAUAGAGAAUGCCGUAGAACAUUCUCGCAGUGGUCGCUACUUGUUCUUCUUGCACCGUCGCCCUGUGCUGGGGCCCAUGAGGGUUCAGCUCCUUCAUCCUGUAUCUCGAUUUAAGCACAUUCAGAGUCUUCAGCAUCUUUGUCGGUUUGUGAUUGUGAAACAUGUUCGUCGUGAUCUGAUAAGUGAGCUCCCUCUACCUCAGCGACUGAAAGAUUACCUUUGCUCGCCACAUUAUUAUUCGGAAAGAGUUGAGCAAUGUAUGGCAGCAGCUGCUGCUGCUGCUUCUGAUAAUGAAGAUAGUGCUUCCUCUGGAGCUGCAGGUGAAGAGAAUGGUGUUCCUAUUCAGGUGCUUCAUCCUUCACAAGGAGAGUUAGAGGAUAAUCUUCCCACUGCACCAGCCCUCCUGCCAGGCUUCCCCGGUGUACCUCAGCCUGUGAUGGAUCGUGCCUCCCAGACCUCCCAGGCCACUUCUCCCAACCCACCAUUGUCCAACCAGGAUCUCCCUGACCUCCAACCUCUCGACAAUAUUCACAUCUCGGGUCCACAAGAGACCGACUCAAACCAUAUGACAAGCAGUGUAUUACAGACUUUUCAAGAUCCAGACCAUCACAUCAGCAGUGUAGCACAGCCUUUCCCAGAGCCCAGCCACCACAUAAUGACCCCCUCAGUCAGUGUUGAUAAAGAUUCCAGAACAGCUACUAAUCACUCCCCUACUUGUUGCUCACCUGCACAUGUGGAGCGUGAUACUUACCCUGCAUGCUCACAGGUGACCCAAACUAGCCAGGCUCAUACUGCCAGUGCCUCACCUGCCCUACAGGGUAACCUUGCCUUUGCUCACCAACAUAGUGGGCCCCUCUCACUCAAUUCCUCAACGAGUGAUGUGCAGGACGAUACAAGUUUCCCAGUUGAUAGAUCGCUAACAUUUAAUGACAGUGGUCACAGUGAUGCAGGUAGAAUAAUUGCAAAUGCAACAGUCUCUAGAGAAUUUUUACUGAUCAACCCCUGCAGGGGUCUUGAUGAUCAUGUGUUUGAGGACUUAGGAGGUGUAUGAAAUCAUUCUGUCCUGCUGAAUAGCUUCUAAUUUUGGAGUGCUGUGAAUCUAGUUUAAGGGUAGCUGUUUUAGCUACCAUGUUCCUGUCAGUUUGUGUUUGUAUAUUUGCUGAACGUGACAUGUUGUAGAAUUGAAUUUAUUUACUAAUAUAUAUUUAUUAUUGGUCGUUAACAUUUGUUUAUGAUUUAUAUUGUUUAAACAACCAAAGACGUCAGAAUUUUGUCUAAAGUUAGUAAAAUUCAGGUAACUGAUGCAGAAAUGCAUAAGCUGUGAAAUAUCUUGCAUAUUAUUUAUGCAAGUGUUGUUGACUCGGAGUACAAAGUGUGACCAGAACGUUCCAAGUCUAAUUAUACUUAUUUUACGAGCACAGUGGGUGUCAAAAGUGAAUGGCAUAAUCUGAGUGAAUACUUCUCUUCUCGGGACUUCACAUCCAAAAUGGUACACAUCAUCAUUAUGUUUUUUCAGUGGUGCUGUGUACUAAAAGGUGGUGGUACUUGGCACAAUUCACAGUGGGGGCCCCUGGCACACCGGGAAUUUAUUUGGUAAAGAAAGACUGUCAGUUGGGUUUACUUUUACACUGAAGCAUUGUAAAAAAAAGUCAUAUUCAAAAUCCUAGUUGUUAGUAUGUUGGAAUAAAAGGUGUGGCGCACCAAGCCUAUAAGGAAACAUUUGCUAUGCACCCCAAGUACUGACCGCACUCCUGCUUGUGACCGCACUCCUGCUUGCUUAGUGACACACGAGAACGAGAUGAUGCAGUACUGUGAGGGAGGGGGGGGCUGAGUUCCAAGGCACACCAGCCAUGCACUCAGAUAAUUUAAUUUAUGCAUCUUGAUAUAUAUAUACAGGAAAACCCCUUUCUGAACAUUUGGGUCACACCUUGUAUUUCAGGGUUUUUUCUAAUUUAAGGUAAUUGGCCCUUUAGAGUUUGCUUCAUAGUUUAAAAAAAAAAAAACUGUCACUGCCAUCUACAAGCAUCUGUAAGUUGACCCAUCAAGAGCACUGCUACUACAUUAAGAUAUUAUUCUCAGCUAAAUCUAAUUUGUUUUCAUAAUGGGAACAACGGUAAAUAUAGCUUGAUCUGUAUCACUGAUAAAAAGCUAAUUCAGUAAUUUGUUUUUGCAAGAUUUUCAUUUUUUUCUACUUGCAGAUUACCAGUUGGAGUUUGCAUGUUCUUUUACCCGAUUAUUUUUAAAUCUGGAGAAUUUAAGGUUAUAUAUCGACCAACAGUAGAGUGCAGCAUCUUCUGUACACAAUAAAGCCAUAAGCUACAUGUCCUUCAGUUGAGAUAAUCUGUUCUUGUAUGCUCGAGCCACCUUAUAAUAAAUUAUAAUUGGUUUCUUUUUGCUGUAAACCGUAUUAUUAACUCUGAAAAAAAUUACUGAAAACAUCAACUUUUAUGGAAGAUAAUUUUUAGUAAAUUAAUACAAUGACUAUCAAUUUAGGUUAAAUUUUGUCAUUGCAUUAACCAGCCAAGAGUAGAACUUUACUAGCUUUAGAAAUUGAGUUCCAAUGCUUUUCAUUGAAAUGGCAAAUAUCUAAUUGAAACAGGUGAACCACCACUAGAUUUUAGCAAGAAAAUUAAUUCAGUAUUAUAGUUAAAUUUGCUAAAUACUGAAAUUAAAAAAAAAAUGCUUUUAUAACUCAUUGCUCAAAAUUUCAAGCCACAGUUCCGAAGCAAAUAUUGGCACUCAGAAUUUAUGCACUAGUUUUAGCACCUGCUAUUGUAGUUCAUAAAAUCGUAUUUAAUAAUUUAAAAAAAUCACAAAUUGCGUAAAAAUCAAUUGAGCUUAAUUUGGUUUGGUAUGAAAAAUUAACAAUUGUGGCCAGACUUGCGCCUCAAACAAUAUUUUCUUCUUGUGUACCAGUUUUAAUCUUCGGCUUCUUACCUGAUAAGUUUAACAGUGGACAGUUAAGUUAUAUUUUCAUACCCCAUUUUUCUUAAGGUUUACAAUUGUAUUAAAAUGCCAUUUGAUAACUUAUGUUAAUUUUAAAACUGGUAUUUAGAGCAUUAGGUUAAAUGGGUGCUGGAUAAUAAUAUACUUUGGUGACUCACAAAUCAUUAAUAGACAAUGAAAGUGGGAUGCUCAAGUCUGUGACCCCUCACUUUAGAGAGGUAUGAAGCAUUCUGGCCUGACAAACAUAGGGAAAAAGCAAUUUGCUCAGGUUCCCCAGUGAUUUAUUCUUCCUAUGUUAGCAUCUUGGGGAACAUUGCUGUAACAUCUGUUGGGGAAGUGUAUUCUAAUGUCAAGUGACUGUUAGCCAUACUCAGUCGUAAGUGAAGGAAAUGUUGUUAGGUUUUAUAAUUGAAGAAAUUGUUGGUGCAUAUACUGUACCAUAGUUUUGAAAUUUGUAUUAGUCUGAAAUUGUUUAUUCAGUUCCACAAAGGCAGUUCUCAUUUGAUUUGGGAUUUUGGUGUUUGAGAUUAUAACAUUCCACCAGAUUGUUUCAGAUUUGUGAUCCAAGACAUCACCUAGACAUCCAGACCAUACAUCAGCCUCUUCCACUCCAUAAUACACCCACAGUAGGUCUAUACCCCUUGUUGUUACGGUAUAUUUUACCAUAUGCCUAAAUGUCUAAGGGAAUAUUUUGAAAGCCACUUCUUGACAAACAGCACAGUGAUUUUGUCAAUUUAACUGUCAAAAGCAGCAAGUAGUAAUGAAUUAUAAUGGCUUGAAACAAGCAUUGUGCUGCUCCUCAAGUAGAGGCUUAAAAUUUGACCCUCAACAACGUGUAAACAUUGUGAUACUGGAUUUCUCAACACUUCUCAGCACCAGCCAUUGCCUAAGUGACAUAAUGGUGAAACAAAGGGGUCGGGGCCUAAAAGUGCUCACCCGCAGGUGUGUGGGUCACUGUUUGUAGAGCAUUAUGCAGGAUUAUUGUAUUUGGGAAUUUCAAGGCUUCUUGUAGUUGAAUUUAAUUUGCCAAAAAUUUUAAAUGUCAAUUAUUUGGCAUCUGGUUUAAAGCAUUAUUACCUGUAUUGUAUACGAGGUGUAUUAGUUGGUCUUGCAAGACCCUUUUUUAACUUAGCACCACAAGUGCUUUAAACCUGCAUAUGAUCAGUGUUUGAUAUUUGAAGUGCAACAGAAUUAAGACUUUUGAUACCGCAUCAAUAUUGUGUGUUUGUAAAUGUUUUGGUAAUUGAAAUGAAGAAUUUGACUUAAUACAGUACAAUGUCCUUAUCUGCUGACAGUUGAAUGAAAGAAGCAAUACAUGACAUUUAACUAAAAAAUUACUACAGUUACCAGUAAAUGCACUAUACUUUUGCCAUUUUAAUUUAUUUGACAUUUUAUAAAUACUGAACUUCA